CCAGCUUAAGGGGUCCGACCAUUCCGUACCUAAGUAGCUACCUAAGCACGUAUCCAGCGGUUGAGGGCAAGACCGGCAUCUCCGGUCGUUUCGUAAAUAGUAUAUAUAGCCUCCUUGUCGUCUCCUUCACAACCUUCGUUUUUUCUUCACCUCGAGUGUUUCUUUCUAUCAAUCACUUCCUCAAGGCCAAUCUCCGCUCUAAAGCCCCCCUUUCUCAUUCUCAACCAGUUCCUUCUAAGACAUAGUCCGCCAACGACUACUCACAACACAUUCACUUAUACAAAUAUCAAAUUUAAUAACUCACAAUCUCAUCCGUCACCAUGCCUUCCGUAGACAUCAAGCAGAUCGUUGACACCAGGCCUCUGAGCUUCACCAUCAAGACCGGAAGCGGCAAAUGGCAAUGCCAGAUUCACAGCGACAGAGCCUCAUACGAGCGCUCGCGCAGCACAAGGGCACCGGGAAUCUCCCGCAUGGAUUCCGGCCUAUCCACCUCGACGAGGUCGUCGACCAGCUCGAUCUCGAGCACCUCGUCGCAGUAAACUACUUGCACAAAUGAAAUAACUCCCCAUCCAAGGGGGGAACCCUUGCCGUCGCGUUCCGUCCAACGGUCCGGCCUCGCGAGGGUACACAGCGUUAUGCACAAUUGCUAGAAUUGGUCUAUGUUCUGAAUCGGGAAUGGGUAAUACGAAGAUUGGGUGGGCACCUGAUGCGGUAUUAUUCUGGAUCGGCUGAGGCGGGAGGGAAAAGCUUAGCUUGUCAGUCACAUCGGCUCUGUGCUAACCCCCCGGCUGUAAUAAUGGGUACCUUUUCCACAUGAUAUGGGAUAUCGAACAUUGGGGGAAGAGGGAGAGGGGGGGCGUGGAAACGCGGGAUGGCGCGAUUCGGGAUCCAAUUGGAUGGAUUCCAUUAAGGGUGUUGGGGGGAGGGAGGCAUGGACGUCAAGGCGAAUCAAUCGUUGAUUCGUGACAAAUGCGUUGAAACGGACCCCCCAAACCCAAACCUACCAACAGCAGACGCACGUGGGCAGAAACUGAACUGAACCGAACUGAACAAAGAAGUAAAACAGAUAAAAGACCAAAAAAAUUGAUUACUACUGUUCCUAUUUUUUA